UUUUGUGUUUUUCUGUUUUUUUAAAUACCCAAAUAAUGUGCCUGUUAUAGUUUAUUGUUCGCCUAAAGGGUUUUAUUUUGAAAGUUGGGGCGGAAGCACUACUCCUAAUUAUGACUUAUAUGAAGUAAACACGAGCAGCAAGGUCGCGCAGUGGCACCGGUGCUUAUUAUGUUCUACGUUAUCUAAGCCAUGGCGUGCCGCAUGUUAACCGUGUAGUUCGCGUGCAAUGGCAGCCGUGGAGUCAUAGCGGUGCCAAGGAGUUGUCGUCUGGCGGCCAUACAGGAAUAGAUUUGAGCAUUAACGUUACGAAAUGCGUAACGUGCUGACAGGAACUAGCUAGGUUAAUUCACUCAUUCAUCAUGAGUUCCGCUCCUGAUCUCGGCGCCGUUGACGUCACGCAGGCCGGGUCCCCGAAACCCGUUCCCGCUGUCUCGAUAGCCGGACUCGUGCGCCAGGUGUUCAGCCAUGUGAAGGUGGAGCACCUGGCGGCGGGGCUCAGCGGAGGGGUGGUGUCAACGCUGGUGCUCCACCCUCUGGACCUGGUCAAAAUCAGGUUUGCAGUAAGUGAUGGACUGCAAUUACGACCCAAGUACAGUGGCAUAUUACACUGUAUGAAGAGUGUCUGGAAGCAGGAGGGUCUCCGGGGCCUCUACCAAGGAGUGACACCCAAUGUGUGGGGCGCCGGAGCAUCUUGGGGUCUCUACUUCUUUUUCUACAAUGCAAUCAAAGGCUACACGAAGGAGGGCCGUCAAACGGAAUUGAGUGCCACAGAGCACCUGGUGUCUGCGGCCGAAGCAGGCAUCCUGACGCUCACCCUGACCAACCCAAUCUGGGUGACCAAGACCCGGCUGGUGCUCCAGUACGAUGCCGACCCGACCGGUAAACAGUACAAGGGGAUGAUCGACGCUCUGGUGAAGAUCUACCGCCACGAGGGAGUGCCAGGACUAUACAAGGGUUACGUUCCUGGUUUGUUGGGCACUUCUCACGGAGCGCUGCAGUUCAUGGCCUACGAAGAGCUCAAGAGGGACUACAACAAAUACAGGGACGCGUCUUCAGAUGCCAAGCUGAGCGCGAUGGAAUAUAUCACAAUGGCAGCGGUAUCCAAAAUAUUUGCCGUUGCCACGACGUACCCGUAUCAGGUGGUGCGAGCUCGCCUGCAAGACCAGCACAACCGAUACAACGGAGUUAUUGAUGUCGUCAGGCGGACGUGGAGGAACGAAGGCGCCGUCGGUUUCUACAAAGGGAUCAUCCCCAACAUGAUUCGAGUCACUCCCGCAUGCUGCAUCACGUUUGUGGUUUAUGAGAACGUGUCUCGCUACCUCCUGGGACAGAAUCAAUGAGACGCUGAGAGCCCGAAGAAGACCCCCGAGCUCACACUGACGCCUCGGUGGCGUUCAGAGACUCCGAGUGAACCACGCCAGGCGGCAAACCGCGCGCCCAGCGCAGCGGACACGUAGACAUGAGAAGCGUUCGUUUCACAGUGGGACUGAAAAAGUUUCCAAAACUGAACAACGGGAUCAACCGCAUUUAGUUUUAGAUGGAAAGACGAACACUUUGACUUCUGGGCAAAAAGUCUGCAGAGGAGGAGCUAAACGUGUCGUCAUAGUUACAUACAAUUGAUGUUUUCCGGCUCGAUGAAGAGCUGAUUGUUAACGGCAAACUUGUAGAUCUCGGGUUCCAGCUGCAUGCGUGUGUCACAUUAAUGCGUCUCUUAUUAAUUUAUUGCUUUAUGUGAACAGACGGAAGCAACAAAUGUUUUUUCCCUCCACAAUUCAUUUAUUUCCUUCCCACGAAGUGUAACUGCACCGCUUCAUAACAUUUUCUUAUAAAACCCAAACUGCGCUAUCUGCA